AUGAGUUCACCAGUCCCCAUGCCAACAGCUCGCCAAGCCGAGCUGCUUGAUCGGUUCAGAGAAUAUUCCCGUCUCGAGCGCGAGGGCCAUCCGAUCGAAGCAUUGAAGGCGGCCAAAGAACUAGUAAAGGAGCAAGACCUCAAUCCCUACCAUGCCGCAGAAUUGCACUUGAAACUCGCCGAUGUCCCCGAAAUUGGACUUUACCAUGCCUCAGAGGGCGUCAAAACUUUCACACAGCUGAAAGAAACCGAUAACAGUCGAGACAUUAGGUGGAAGUUGCAGGAGGCAGAAAACGCCAUGCAAGAAGCGCAAACGAUUGAGAAGGCUUGGUCGCAGCGUCUGGAUGCAAUGUAA